CCCGGGCCGGGGAAGCGGAGGGUGGGACACUCUGGCCCGGCUCUCGGUGGUGCGGGGGCGGAGGCGGAGGGAGCGGCCGCUCUGGCCGGCGGACUCGUUGGCGUGGAGUCCCGGAAGCGGAGCGGCGAUGGCGGAGAGUCCGACUGAGGAGGCGGCGACUGCCGGGGCCGAGGCUGCGGGGACCCCGGGCCCGGGUGCGGGCGGCGGCGGCGGCAGCGGCGGCUUUGGGCCGCCUUUCCUACCCGACGUGUGGGCGGCGGCGGCGGCGGCGGGCGGUACCGGCGGGCCGGGGGGAGGCCUGGCCCCGCUGCCUGGGCUCCCGCCCUCGGCCGCUGCCCAUGGGGCCGCGCUGCUCAGUCACUCGGCCUUCUGGGACCCGACGCUGAGCUCGGACUGGGACAGCGAGCGCGCCGCGCCGCAGUGCCUGCUGCGGAUCAAGCGGGACAUCAUGUCCAUUUAUAAGGAGCCUCCACCGGGAAUGUUUGUUGUGCCUGAUCCCCUUGACAUGACUAAGAUUCAUGCAUUGAUCACAGGCCCAUUUGACACUCCUUAUGAAGGGGGUUUCUUCUUGUUCGUGUUUCGCUGUCCUCCAGAUUAUCCUAUCCACCCACCACGGGUCAAACUGAUGACAACGGGCAAUAACACAGUGAGAUUUAACCCAACUUCUACCGCAAUGGGAAAGUCCUGCCUGAGUAUUCUGGGUACUUGGACUGGCCCUGCCUGGAGCCCAGCCCAGAGUAUCUCCUCCGUGCUUAUCUCCAUCCAGUCACUAAUGACUGAAAACCCCUACCACAAUGAGCCUGGCUUUGAGCAGGAGAGACACCCAGGAGACAGCAAAAAUUACAAUGAGUGUAUCCGGCAUGAGACCAUCAGAGUGGCAGUCUGUGACAUGCUGGAAGGAAAAUGUCCCUGCCCUGAGCCUCUAAGGGGUGUGAUGGAGAAGUCCUUUAUGGAGUAUUAUGACUUCUAUGAGGUGGUGUGCAAAGACCGACUACACCUCCAGGGCCAGACAAUGCCAGGUAUAGCGAUCUCUGGGCCUCUGGGGGUGGGGAGGGAUGGGAAUGGGGAGAAGCGAGGCCACUUUGACUACCAAUCUAUCCUGAUUCGCCUCGGGGCAAUUCGUCUGAAGGUGCAGGAGAAACACCAGCAGGACAGUGCUGAAAUAGACUCUGGCAGUUCAUCUGAAACAGAGACAGAUACACAGGGGAGCUCAAGGGCCUAGAUGCCCUCCACCCCAUUCUUGGGAUGGAGCGGCACCACAUCUCCUCCAGCCCCAACAGCAUCCUGCCUGAGGCAAGAACCACGGACACUCAGACCCCAGGGUGGAGUGGGCUGUUGUUUGCAAACCUUGGCGUCCUGGUACCAAGGACCAUUUUCAUCCCAUGCCUAGGGCAAUCCCAAGGUACUGAUACAGGAGAGCCUGGAGCAUGGUUCUCUGGCAAAAAAACUGAUGACAUUUCCACUGGGGCAGUUUGUUGGGGAUAGAAGGCAAAGACUGAACCCCCAAAGGGGGUUGCCCAGAGUAGUCAAUGGGGAAACCAGGAGGGGAGGGCAGGGUCAAGGGAGUUGGGGAGGGAGGGAAGAGGGGAGGGUGUCCAUGACCUGUCCAGGUGGUCUCUGGGGUGUCUGUCUUUCUGUCUUGAAGCUGGGCCCUUCCCUGCUUAAUCCAGCCCAGCCUAGUGUAACCUCCUGGACCUCAUUUCUGUCUUGCCACCAUAAAUUUUGUUUUCCCUAAUUUAUAGUCACUGUUCUAGACAGACCAAAGAGAAGGAACAGUGGUGGAGUCUGGGCUUACUGGUCAGAAAGCUUUACCUAGCACCCAAGCACCUUUCUCUCCUGCCUCUCCCCUACUCCCUUCUGCUGCCAUUAGAUGGAGAUUUGAUUGAGACAACAAAAGGUCUUUGCAAAUCCAGCGCAGGCGCCAUGGAAACUGAAAUAUUUGUUCCCACAAUCACUGAUUCUCAUGGAAAAGUCCCCAACACUGGCAGCUGCUGUCCAUUUGGGGUUAGAACCGUUACAAAGGAACGGUUUCUUCUGAAUUCUCAUCCAAACAAGGAAAUUCUUCCUUUGGAAGGACAAGGGGAUUGACAUUUUUUUAAGAGUGGAUUGUCCAGCUAUUGUCCUUGGUGUUAGCCACUCCAGUCAAUGGUUCCCUCACAACUUCACAGUACUUUGGGACCUGGGGAAGAAGUGGUGGCCAGUAGCAGAGGGGAAACAGGACUAAGACUGGAGGACUCUUCUGGGCUGUGCACGCUGCCAAAUGUGGACACUUGGCAGGAGAAUCAUCAAAGGGGGGGAUCUCAUCCGCUGGCUCAUUUGGAUGUUUGCAGGGCUAGGUCUCAUUCUUCCUAGCUUUAUUUAGCUGUGAGGAUCCUUCUGGCUGGUUCACACAGAAAGACGUGCUUUAAGCAUCUCCCUUCCUCCCUAUUUGGCUCUGCCCCAGCUUCCUACUGUAUUAUGUUUCCCUGUAGGGCAUCAUCCACACAGCAUGUCUAGCUAACCCUAAGGCUUUUGUCAGUAUCCUAACUACCUGAGGGAGAAUGACUGGAUUCUGUGGAAGAGAGAGGUCAAAGUUUAAAAGGGCCUCUGCCUCGUGAGUCAGAUAAUAUAUACUUUAGAUCUGAGGUUCUAGAAUAACCUAGAACUAUAUUUAACCUAAACACUUACCAUUGUGGGGAUGGAGCUUAUUGGGCAAUAGGGGGAGAAUUCUUUGGAAGAGAUGUAGGGCAGGAAACAAACAGGGUAAAAUGGGCUUGGGGAGUAGGAAGAGAACCAUAGGCAACCAUUAGUCAAGAUUGGUUGUUAUUCCACUCAAAACAAGUUUCAAGGCUGCUAGUCUCCCAGAUGUAUAGGUCUGGGGAGAGCACUAGACUCAGCCCCCAAAUUCCCUCAGUUGGAGCAGACACAGGGUUGUGGAUGAGUGUUCUUGGUCUAUAGAUGCAGUGUUGUCCUUCUGCCAUUUAAGUGUUUCUACUCCAAGUGACAAUCCUCUCCCUGAUCCUGCCAUGAGCAGAGCACCUCUGGCGUUGUGGCCCAACUUCUAUGCUCUAAUCUUGAGUUGAGGAAAUAUAUGCACAGAAGUCACUCAAAGAGACAUCUUUAUAUCUGACUGUACAUAAAUGAUUUUUUGUGCAAUAAAGUUUGUUUUGGCAGAAGGAGGUUGCUGUGGGUGUGGAAGGGACUGUCAGGGCCACCUCAAACAGGCAUGGUACCUAGGCCUUGGGCUCCAUGUCAUUGCCAGGCGCAUGGGUAGAAGAGGCAGAGAAUAAAGUUGAACUGGAAUGUUAAGCUACGAGGCAGGGGGCGUCCGUUACCAUGACACAGGCUGCCUUCUUUCAAGAGAAGGCAGAAUUCCAUUAAAUGGAUGGGGAGCUGUUGGUUAUUGCUCCUGGAGGACAGAUUGAGGAGGGGGAAUGCCUUGGGAGCAUACCAGUUGGCAGCUUAGAAUAUUUGCCUGACUGAUUGUGCCCUUUGCCAAUGUGGUCUAGUGGGAUAAAGGCAGGCUCAGUUUCAGUUAGGCCUGUGGAAAAUAUCACAAGAUGCAAAACCUGAAUCUUACAUGGAGGAGGUGGGAGGAUAGUAAAGGAAAUAGUUCUUUGCCUAAAUGACAUUUCUGUCUGCCAGUUACUGCCCUGGACUAAGAAAGGAGCCCCUUUGUGGAUAAUCCAGAAUUACUUGGAGGUGGUAUUUGGCAUCAUGUUUUUAUUAUUUAUUUAGUAUCUCCUAUGCUCAUUGAAGAAAUGGUUCUGUGAGGACUCCAUGGGAGCAAAAAGCCAUCCAGCUGCUCUGGCAGCUCUGUAGCCUCUUGGGCAAAAUGCUUAUCUUCCUUUAAGAGAAAGGAAGAAAUAAAGCAUUGGGGCUUCUCAGGCCUUUUCUGGUGACUCAGGUUGCUGGUUCAAAGAGCUGUAAACAGGAUAGGAGGGAAUUUGAGACUUGCUUAUGGCUUGUAUCCCUACAGAUGUUUACAAAGUACUUAAAACAAUGGGCUGGGAGAUAACCCAGGUUCCUGGGUUCAACUCAUUUAUGAAUUUACUAGAAUGUCAACCCUACACUUCGGGCCUCAUUUUCCACUUUUGCCCUAUCACAAUUAUUGUUAGGAUUAUGGUGUUUUUUUAAAAAAUAAAAGUGCCAGGGAUGAUAA